UCAAUUUCACACAAAAUAUAUAUGAAACUCAUCCCUUCAAUCAUCAAGUUAAAAACAGUGUCUUCAAUCAUUACCAGUUCGAUUUGGAGAUGGACCGAGUGAAGAGAAUGGUGGCUGAGAGGCCAGUGGUGAUCUUUAGCAAGAGUUCUUGCAUCUUGUCCCACACAAUCAAGUCUUUGUUCAAUGACUAUGGGGUUCACCCGACAGUCUAUGAGCUUGAUGAGAUAGCAAGGGGCCGAGAUAUAGAGCAGGCAUUGUCUGGGCUCGGGUGCAGCACGGUCCCAGCUGUGUUCAUUGGUGGUGAGUUGGUUGGUGGAGCUAAUGAAAUUAUGAGUCUUCAACUCAAGAGUGUUUUGAAGCCGAUGCUCAUCAAUGCUGGAGCUUUAUGGGUUUAACUUGUUUUAUGAUUGCUCCAAUAAAUUAAGUAAUAUUAUGUAUGUAAUAAAGCAUACCAUUAGUGCUAUUGUGCAAAUAAUUUGAGGAUGGAAACAUGAUUAUAUCAUAGAUCAUCACACUAGAUAUAUAUACCACAACACUAAUAGCAUAAGGUUAUACCAUCUCCGGUCUCCUUUCUUAAGGUGUGUGACAAUACCUAGCAAUAAUGAUAAUAACAUAUUUCUAUUGCAAGUAA